AUGGUCUUCAGCUACGGCUUUGAGUCAGCUACCUACAACCCGAUCAACAUGUGUCACGCAUCUCUUCCCUCUGUCGGUCCUGCUGGCCCCACUGCCAUGCCCAACUCAGCCUUCGGUCAUAGUAACGCCAGCAAGAAGCGCAAGGCUUUCGAUGAUGAUAUCACUGCAGGCGGUGACUCUGACUACAUCGUCCGUCCUAAGCUUAGCUUACCUCGCUCUGCCGGUCUCGUCUUCAAUGGCGAUGCUCAAUUUCAUCCGCUCCCUGCCGAUGUGAACCAGGCUAUGCUGGCCCAGCUCGGUCACAACCCAUUCACCACUUCCAAUGCCUUAUCCUCUUUCGUCACACCUUCCUCGUCUUCCGGCUCAGUGGGCUACCAUCACGAAUACAAAUCACCCAACUGCUCUGACUACUUCAGCACCGCUGCUCUCUCCCAUUACCCCGAUAUCGAGCCGUAUCCCUCCACCUCUCCCUCUUCGUCGUACGGCAUCCUCGGUCCCGCGCCCGGUCGUCACAACUCCUCCAGCGAAGACGGUAUGGACGUCGACGGCGGGAGUAAUGCCCAAAAGAUCCAUGGAGCACAUUGCAAAAGCAUUCCCCAACUUUGUGUCAGAUACAACCAUGGAAACGCCUCAGAACUCUGGGCCACCUGCCCAGACUGUGGAGCUUUCUCCAAAGUCGAAUCCUCCCAACCAGCCAGCAACCUUUGCUAUUCUUCGUGA